AGGCAAGCGCGUUUUGGAUGACGUCAAAAUGGCCGCGCCCGAAAGAUAAACAGUCUGCUCGCUAAUAGGGGAUGAAGCUCCUUGCGAGGGCGGCGCAGUCUGCGUUGAAGCAGAGCGAGAGGAACCGAAGACAAUUCUGGUCAUGGCUCAACGCUGUCUUUAACAAGGUCGACUACGAGCGAAUCAAAGCCGUCGGGCCGGACCGAGCGGCGGCCGAGUGGUUGCUGCGAUGCGGCGCCAAGGUGCGCUUCCGAGGCUUCGAGCGCUGGCAUCAAGACUACAACGCUCUGCCCACCGGACCCCUGGGCAGAUACAAGAUCCAGUCCAUCGACGCGACCGAGUCGUGCAUCAUGUACAGAGGCUUCGACUAUCUCGACGGUUUGAAACACGUGGAGGAGCUGAAAUUCAACAAGUGCAUGUACAUGGAAGACGCGUGUCUGGAGAAGCUGAGCUCGCUGGAGAACCUGCAGGAGAGCUUGUUCAUGAUGGAGGUGGUGUCGUGUGGCAACGUCACCGACAAGGGCCUCGUCGCUCUGCACAAGCUCAGGAAUCUGGAGUAUCUGUUCCUCAGCGACUUGCCCGGCCUCAAAGACAAGGAGACCACAGUGGACAGGCUCAAGACGGCCCUUCCCCGUCUGGAUUUACACCUGCACCUGGACUGAAAAGAACUGGGGCAGCCACUGGCCACUGAGAACUGCUUCCUGGUGGAGUGUGUGCUUGCAUUAUGAAGUAAAAUAUACAAGAGUCAUUACAAACUGCACUUUAUAUUGUUGACACCAUUUUAUUUCUCAACAGUUUACCAGUAAUCCACAUUUGGGCUUAUUGUUGAAAAGAUGAAUUUGGCAUUUGUAAGAUGAAUGGCUGUGAACGUCCAUAGCACCAACGCCAUCAUGUGGGAAUAUGAAUAUUACUCUUUUUCAUGUCAAUAAAUAUUUCAAGCUGUGUUUCACUCCUACAGAGUCCGUCGCAGGA